ACCAACUAAGUCAAUUUCGUCCCGCUGACAUUUUUAGCAAAACCAACGUAAAUAAAAGCAUAUAUGAUUUUUAAAAUGUUUUAGUGAUAAUUAAUUAAAUGAAAUACAUAAAUAAUUAUUUCCAAACUGUCAAGUUUUAUUAUUUCAUGUUCCGAUUUUCAUAGUGAUAAGCUGGAUGGCGUUGGUAGUAGAGUAUGCCAGUGAUAGAUGUUCACUAUAAAAUCAACAGUUGGAUCACAUGUUGAAUAAACAGGAAUUUAAAAUUUUUCUAAUAACCAGAUCAGCACAAUGUCAAGCCCUCCUAUAAGUGGCGAUCAAAAUAAAUUUGAUUAUCCAAAAGCUACUCUAUUAUGCCGUCCAAAUUCACAUCUAUUUCAGGAACGAACAUUAAACUUAUCACAGCCAGUAAAAAUAGGUCGAUCUGUAGCACGAGAUAGAGUUAUGCCCACAAAUGCAAUUUUUGAAUGUAAAGUACUCUCAAGAAAUCAUGCUUUGCUUUGGUAUGAAAAUGGAAAGUUUUUUUUACAAGACACAAAAAGUAGUAAUGGAACAUUUGUAAAUAAUCAGAGACUUAGUUUAGGAGGAGAUGAAUCUCAACCUCAUGAAGUUUGCUCUGGGGAUAUUGUGCAGUUUGGAGUUGAUGUGAUUGAAAAUACAAAAAAAGUAACUCAUGGGUGUAUUAUAGCAACCCUGAAGUUAUAUUUACCAGAUGGAACAGAAGCUAAAUGCAGCCAAAUCGCUGCUAUUACUCAGCCUGGUGUUGGCAAUGUGGGCUCUGUUAGCGCAGUGGAAUUAUAUCAGCUCAAUCAGUACAUACAAGAAGCUACAAGACGAGAACAACAAUUGGAAGGUAAAUUAGGCCACUUGCAAAAAAUAGUUGAAUCAACAAAACAUUUGGCCCAACAAGCAUGGCAUUGCCUCCUUCAAGAAGAUUUAUUAUUAACGAGAAUAGAUACCUUAGAAAGUCAACUAAAAGUUUACAUGAAAAAUGCAGAUGAAGACAAAAUUCGUCUAGAAAUGGUUCAAUUACUUGAUGACAAAUUAAAAUACCAGCAAGCUGCUAAAGAAUCAUUGCGGAGAGCUGUCGAAGAGAAAUUAGCUGCAGCACAAAGAUGCUCUACUCUGGAAAUUGCUUUAUGUUCAGCUGAAGAAGAGAAAGAUAAUACACAAAGAGCACUCGAUAGAGCUAAUGAUGAGUUACAGGAAUUAGCUGCUCAAGUAAUUGCAUCUCAGGGUCGAAUAAAAGAUUUGCAAUCUCAAUGUGAAAAACUUGAACAAUUAAGAACACAAUAUUCUGUUUUAAAAAUUCAAUUGCAUCAAUGGAGGCAUAAGGAAACCAUAUGCCAAACUAAGUUAUUGUGCUCUCAAGCUAAACUUUCCAUUUAUGAAGACGAGUCGAAUAUGCGCAAUAAUCUCAUAAAUGAAGCCAAAAGCGAAGGAGAUGUUUUAGAUAAUGAGUUCUAUCAGAAUAAUCAUGAUAGUUUGAUAUCGAAAAUGGAUGCUCAAAUAGAUCACUUACAAAGAAGACUAAUAGAGCUUACUACUGUGAAAAAUGGAACAAUAUCUGGUGAUUCGAAGAAAAGUUCAUCAGAUGUUUCAGAAUUGUCUGAUGAUGGCAAUAUGACAAUUAUUGAUAACAUUGAAGAUGAGAGCACAAUUCGACUGAGCAAUCACAGCAGUGAUGAAAUGAACAAACGCAAUAAUAGUAGACAUUCAGACAUACCACCAUCCCUAGAUAUAUUCCGAAAUACAAUAUCAACCAAUAGUGAUAUUGGUGGCAAUCCAUUUAUUGACCAGACAAGUACAAAUCCAGAUCUGGAUAACAAUAGAGAUAUGGAAGAAGGUUUAGAUAAUACACAAUGGAUGGACACAGUAGAGCAAAUAUCUAAUGCUUUGUUGGAAUUAAGAGCUCAGAGGGAAAUUCUUGUGACUCAUCAACAACGAAGAAAAGAAAAAUUGAAAGAGUAUAGCGAGAUAAACACUGAUAUUAAUAAUAGUGUAAUAAACGAUAAUGAUCUGAAACCGAAACACAUUUCUGUUAAAUUUGAAUCGCCGAUUAGCGACGGUCCGGAAGACUCGCUGUCACCAAUUAAGAGUCCUGUAGAAUGGUUGACCGAAAACGAAAAACUACGAGAUGAACUAGAAUGUUGCAGAAGUCAGCUUCAUGUUUAUGAAACUGAAAUUGUAGAUCUGAAUCACAAGCUAGAAACUCUGGGAAUAGAACUUGAGACCAGGCCUAGCCACAAUUCACUACAGGAAAAGGAAACGCUGUGCUUCACUCAACGUGCAGAACUAGAUAAGAUAACUGUUGAACGCGACGCACUCCUCACCCGCCUGGAUGAAAGAGCCCAACGUGAGCGUGAAUUACAAGAAAAGUUGCAGGCUGCUGGAGACAAAAGUCAUUCGUUGGAAAAACUUGUGGCAGAUUUGGGACGUCGCAUUGAAGAGAAAGAUGAAAGUCUAGAACGGCUCAAAGAUGAAAUGAUGACAAAUACCGUUAUUGAAAAGGUAAUGUCCAAUGUAAAUAUAUCAUCCCAAACUGAAUCUGUGAUUUCUGAAGUCACAGCCAUCACUGGUAAUGAGGAAACACAGACACCAUCUAAAGAAUACAAGGAUUUCGAAAAUUCUGUUCAAAAAGAUUUUGAGUUUCUUUCUGAUCCUGUUGUAGAAUUACAAGAAGAACUAAUGUCAAUUAAAGAAAGCUUUGCUAACACAUCAGCUAAAAAUAAAUCACUUACAGAUCAGAUAGAAAAAUUACAAAUGGAUUAUGAUAGUGCUAUGAGACAAUCCCGAACAAUGAUCUAUGUUUACAUAGCGCCCCUAUUGGCACUUGUUUUUUAUAUGUUGUUGUCACCUUACAUGUCCCAAGAAACACAUUGAUAGUGGCUCGUAAGUUUGUAUUUAUUGUUUUUCUGUUGUUUUUUAAAAAGAAAUAUUGAAUCAAAAAAUGUUACUGGUGAUACUGACGAAUAUAAGUUUUUUUUUUUUAUUAUAUUUGAUUUUGUGAACACUGAUUGUAACUGGAGCUUGUUUUAAUAAUUAAUAAUUAAUAUAAUCUGAUGGAUUCACUUUUAAUAUAGAUUUAUUGUGUACAUAGUUUCAAAUAUGUAAAAACAGUGAAAUGAUUGAUCUUUGAGUCCAAGAUAUUCAC